AACAGGGAUGGACCAGUUUUGACGAGGAGGUCAAGCCAAUCAAAAUCUAAAGAUGCAAUAUUGGGCGAUGGCGAUGUUGAUUUUUCUAGAGAUGAAGAAAAAGGUGUGGUGCAGGCAGUAGGCGUUCCUGAUCCAUAUUAUCCAAUAGCCUUACCAUUUGACCAGGACUUCAAAGCUAAAUAUGUAUUUUAUCACCGGCGAGGAAAAACUUUUCAAGAGAGGCUUUACGUGUUUUUGGAACAUCCAGGAGGUUGGAUGUGUUUUGUUUAUCAUUUCACUGUGUUCAUGGUUGUUCUGGUGUGUUUGAUAUUCAGCGUACUUUCCACGAUCGAUGAGUACAGCGAUUUUGCAAAUGAAACAUUGUUCUGGAUGGAAAUAUUCCUUGUUGUGUUCUUUGGAGUCGAGUAUAUAGUACGUUUGUGGUCGGCCGGUUGCAGAUCAAAGUACAUGGGAUGCUGUGGCAGAUUAAGAUUCAUUAGAAAACCCAUAUGUAUCAUAGAUCUUAUUGUAGUAGUAGCAUCUAUGAUCGUCUUGUCUGUUGGUUCUAAUGGUCAAGUUUUCGCCACAAGUGCCAUCAGAGGCAUUAGAUUCCUGCAGAUAUUACGAAUGCUUCAUGUGGAUAGGCAAGGAGGCUCUUGGAGGCUGCUGGGAUCAGUCGUUUUUAUACAUAGACAGGAACUGAUCACGACAUUGUAUAUAGGUUUUCUUGGUCUAAUAUUUUCGUCAUAUUUUGUGUAUUUGGGAAAAGAUGCCACUUCUCCUGAUGGACGGAUGGCAUUUCGAAGUUACGCUGAUGCAUUGUGGUGGGGUGUUAUAACUGUUACUACUAUAGGUUAUGGUGAUACUGUUCCACAAACGUGGAUGGGUAAAAUAGUGGCUUCCUGUUUUAGUGUGUUUGCAAUAUCAUUCUUUGCAUUGCCAGCUGGAAUAUUAGGUUCCGGAUUCGCUCUGAAGGUCCAACAAAAGCAGCGCCAAAAGCACUUCAAUCGGCAGAUUCCUGCUGCAGCAAUGCUCAUUCAAUGUCUUUGGCGCUGUUAUGCCGCGGACAAGACUUUCCACAGUAACGCUACGUGGCUGGCCCACGUUCACCGGGCAAGGCAGAAUUCGUUAACCAGGGAUUCAGGACAACAAAUUUUGCUACAGGUUAUGAAGCGUGGAGCAAGUGUGUUGAAGCGGCGAAAGAGCAGAAAUCGUAUGGAAGCAGGACCGAGCGUUGACCAGGGCACUCCUACAGAAAGCAGAGCUGCUAUUGAAGGAGAGACCAGCGGUGAUAAUGUAUUCUUCACUGAUGAACAACAACGUAAUGCAGGAGGUAGUCCAUCUCGAUCAAGAAGAGAUAAAGCACAACCUCCUCUUAGUCAAAAUAGUUCUAUGACUGAACCUCCUUCUGAUGAACAAGAUAACGAACCUGAUUGUGAGCUAAUGGAACUCGAACCAGCUCGUGUUACUCAAUUAACAGAAGCUCAUCGAAAUGCUAUUCGAGCAAUUCGAAAGAUAAAAUAUUUCGUGGCUAGAAGGAAAUUUCAGCAAGCUAGAAAACCAUAUGAUGUUAGAGAUGUUAUUGAACAGUAUUCACAAGGCCACCUUAAUAUGAUGGUCAGAAUAAAGGAAUUACAACGUCGUUUAGAUCAAACCCUUGGUAAACCUGGUAGCUAUUUAGCAGGAAUUGAUCGAGUUGGAAAUGUAAGGCCUAUGACAAUGGGGGCACGUCUUUACAGAGUAGAGCAACAAUUGUCAGAAAUGGAUAGAAAAUUGGACAGGUUGCUUCAGGUGUUAGAAAAUGAUGAUGCGAAAAUAUGAAAACGG